UGUCAAUAAUGACAAGGUCCCGGGCGAGUUCAUCAAAAUCGGCUAUUCUGAGGCGAUUGUUUGACCAUGGGCAUCACUUGUUUGCAUACGGCCGCCUACGUUCAUAUCCAUUUCUCCUUCGCCACCGUCACGAAUGACUACCAAGUCAAUGUAACAUUAUCCAGGACUAGUUUGACAGGCUCAAGCAAAUGGGGUCCCUCAAACGUAUUCCUUCUUUCGGUGGAUGGUCGUCUUCGACGCCCCAAGAUUCCUUUCUCGUCUUUCGCAAAGGAGUGACAGACACCAACCGAGAG